AUAACAGCCUCUACCCUUUGUUCUCGUCUAAAGCCCCAAGAAUCCCAACUCUUCUACAUUUCUCUCGCUUCUUCCUCUUCUCUCCGACUCUUACGUCAGCACCGUCACCGUUACCGUCGUUCGGAGAUACCGUAUUCUGAUCGCCGGCGAAGGUAGUGAAGAAAAGUUUGAAUCUUUGAUAGCUUUGAGGCUUGAAUUUGAAAGAUGACGCACAGAAGGGCUAACCCAGAUGAAAUCCAAUUGAGGAUUGAUCCAAUCCACGCCGACGUCGAUGAGGAGAUCACCGGUCUUCGAUCCCAAGUCAGAAGAUUGAGAAACGUGGCUCAAGAGAUUGAGGUUGAAGCCAAAUCUCAGAAUGCUAUGCUCAAUCAGCUGGACAUGACAGUGAUGAAAGCUCAAGCAUGGUUGAAGAAUAAUGUCAGGAGAUUGAACAAGAGCACCAUCCAGAGUGGUUCAAACCAUGUUGUCCAUGUGGUGUGUUUUGCGCUCAUUUGUUUCUUUUUGGUGUACUUUUGGUCAAAGAUAUCCAGAUGAUGAAAGAUGAUCUCAAAAGUAUUUUCCACCUUCCAAAUAUCUUUUUGUUCAAGAAGAGAUUUCCUGGAAUUCCGAAUUACUGGUGUCAUUGUAAAGCAAUCCUCACGCUUCUGUUACUAUAACAAGUUGAAAUAUUGACAAUAGCACUUCAGGUUUCUGAAUAUAUUGUGGUUGAAGCAGUUGUGCUUCCUAUCAGGGAAACAAUCUUUUGUUUCAGAUACUAGAGAAAUGAUCUAUGUAACCUAGUCAGCUAGAUAUGAAAUCUUUGCUCUUGCUUUUCCCUUUACA